UUAAGAUAUCAGUGGUAUAAACGCUUAGUGCUUAUAUGGCAUUGUUAAAUGGCAGACUGUUCCGAGAAAGUGUAACUCGUUUCUCCAAAAAUAAUGUUCUGUUCAUUUAAAUCAAUUUCGCGAUGUGUCGCAUUCCGCAAUGUUGUAUUGUUGAGUCAUCGAGAUUACACGCAAAGCUUGUUCACUUCGUAUGUUGAUUUGAGAGAGCCUCAGCCUCAAUACUUAAACACUCAAACGAGAACAAACACUUCUCGAGCGAUCAAAAUCUCUCACAUGAUCAAUUUUGGCGAAUCUCCACUUUUGAAUGGUACCAUCGGACAAUUGUUAGGCGAAGCUGCAACCAAGUGGCCGGAACGAGUUUGUGUUAUAUCGCAUCAUCAGAAUAUUCAGUUAACAUUCUCUGAACUUCUUCGACGCGUCGACAUAUUAGCCGCGGGCUUGAAGAAGUUAGGUUUGAAGAAAGGCGAUCGAUUGGGUAUUUGGGGUCCGAACGAUCUCGAAUGGUACGUUGCUGCUUUGAGUGCAGCGAGACUGGGCCUGGUCAAUGUCGCAAUCAAUCCUGCCUAUCAACAGAACGAAUUGAUAUAUUGUCUACGGAAGGUCAAAGUGAAGGCUGUCAUCUCACCUGACUCGUUUAAAACGCAGAAUUACCCAAAAAUGUUACUCUCUGUCAAAGAAGCGUGCCCGUUUUUGGAACAUAUUAUUAUUUAUUCCCAGGAUCAUAUAACUGGUACCCGUCGUCUCGUCGACGUCGAGGCAAUGCCGACGAAAACGGAAGUGGAAGCUAUCGCUGCCGAACAAAGUGAGAUAUCUUGUUACGACGGAUGCAACAUACAGUUUACAUCCGGCUCCACCGGCAAAGCGAAAGCGACUCUCCUCUCGCAUCAUGCUAUCUUAAAUAAUAGCAAAGAGGCUGCAAGCAGGACGGUGGGGAACCUCGAUGGCAAAAUAUGUUGCAACGUACCGUUUUUCCACAUGUUUAAUGUACUAAUGGUUCAAAUGGCCAUCCUUCAUACGGGGGAGACUAUUGUUCUGGAAGCGCGCUCCUUCAAUCCGGUAAGUUCCUUGAAGGCGAUUGCAAAAGAGGGUUGCACUUGGACAUACGGAACACCAACCAUGUGGGCGAACAUGAUCGAUGUGCAGCAACGAUUGCAGUUACCGAUUAACAGUCUUUCGGCAGGAUGCACCGGUGGUGCUCCUGCGUCACCUGAACUUAUCAAAAGGACGCGAAUGAUACUUGGCUUGGAAAAUAUAUUGUCUAUAUAUGGUCUUACGGAAACAACAGGCAUAAUAUUUCAAUCGAUAUAUGGAGAGGACAAGGAUCUGACGGAGACAACCGUUGGUCAUUUGUCGAAUCAUGUCGAAGCAAUGGUAGUGAAUGAAAACAAUGUGCCUGUUCCCUUUGGCACACCUGGCGAACUUUGGGUACGCGGAUAUUGCAACAUGAUGUAUUACUGGGACGAAGAGGAGAAUACAAGGAAUACUUUGACGCAAGAGGGUUGGCUAAAAACUGGUGAUCAAUUUAUCCUGGAGGAAAGCGGAUAUGGUAAAAUAGUCGGUAGACUGAAGGAUAUGAUUAUUCGAGGAGGAGAAAAUAUCUUUCCCAAGGAAAUCGAAGAUUUUCUGAUAACUCAUCCCAAAAUAUUGGAGGUGCAAGUUAUAGGAGCUCAUGACGAAAUUUACGGAGAAGAAGUGUGCGCAGGUAUUCGACUAUGUGACGGCGAGAAAAUGACAAAGGACGAGCUGAGAGAAUAUUGCAAGGGCAAAAUUGCGCACUUUAAAAUACCGCGUUACGUAGAGUUUGUAGACGAGUUCCCCAAGACCUAUAGUGGAAAAGUUCAGAAGUUUCAAUUGAAGAAACAAUUGGAAAGCAAGGGUGUGAUACCGACAAGACAAGAUCGCUCAACAACAAUUUCACGUUGACAUGAAAGCAAAGAUGCUACGUUCGAACUAGCGCCAAUAUUUCGUCGAAAUCUACUGUUGACCUACGGAGUCUUUAAAACAAUUGUAACUCGCCAAUGAAUUGAUAUAACAGCAUGAAAUAAAAAGCGAUAUCUUUGACAAGGUUAUCUGCGUGCAUUUAUGUAGCUCUUUUGUUACCGAUUGGAAAAAAUAAAGCAUCAUGACUGAUUGAAGCACGA